AUGAGGUCGAUUUUGUGUCAACAACAGCUGAUAUUUGGACAGCUAACAAUAAAAGUUACAUCGGGGGUGACAUUACACUGGCUUAGUAAAGACACGUUAGAACGUAAAAAGGCCGCUUUAGCAUGCAGAAGAGUGCGAGGGAGACACACGUAUGACGUAAUUGGACAAGAAAUUGAAGACAUCCACUCGGCGUAUGGGAUUGGGAACAAGGUGGUUGCAACAGUGACAGAUAACGGCUCGAACUUUGUUAAGGCGUUUCGAGUUUACCAGGCUGUGUCUAGCGAUGAUGAGAUGGAGGAAGAGCCAAACCCCGAUGAUGACGUCACGUUUUUACCUAUGGCAGAACUCUUGUCAGCUGAGCAUGAAAGUGAUGCUGAGGCGCAGAUUGUGCUUCCUCCACACCACAGGUGUGCUUCCCACACAAUCAACCUAAUUUCCACAAACGAUGUGGAAAAAUAUUUAACAUCUAAUGCGGACAUUAAGGUUGUUUACAGGAGCAGCACAGCAAAAUGCUCAGCUCUUUGGACAAAAGCAAGUAGGUCCACCAGCGCAUCAGAGGCAGUAGAGGAAGUCAGUAGAAGAAAGCUCCUGGUACCAACCUCCACAAGGUGGAACUCAUUUUUUGAUGCUUUGAAGAGGGUUACAGAAAUCCCCAUGAAUGAGCUGAAUACUCUGUGCACAAAGCUGGGAGUGAAAUGCUUCAAAGAGAGAGAAUACCAAUUCCUUAAUGAAUACUGCACGGCCACAAAGCCCCUGACUGUGGCUCUGGACAUUCUCCAAGCAGACUGUCCUUAUGGAACUUUAUUACCAACACUGGAAGUCCUGAUGCAGAGGACCCUGGCUGUCAAAGAUGCCCUUUCCACCAUGACCGCAGGCCUUCCAGAUGCUAUAGUGCAGGCGGUCAAGACCCGGUUUGGUGAUCUCCUGCAAGACAGAGAUGCCCUUCUAGCAGCUGUGAGCUGCCCAAAAUUCAAACUCAGGUGGCUGAGAGAUGCCGAUAGGAGGGAGCAAGUCAAACAGCUUCUAACCGAAGAAUGCCGCGCAACUGCUCCUCCAAUACAGAGCUCUGCCAGUGUGGCCAACACAGUUGUCACCCAGGGUGAGAUGGACUUCUUCAAUUUUGAGGCAGAGCCAGAGGAGACCUACUCUGCAGAAAAGGAGGUCAUGAACUACCUGAGCUCAUCCCAUGAUCUGCAGAUCCUGCAUCAGUUUACAAACAUCAAGAAGAUCUUCAUGAAGUAUAACACUCCAACCCCAUCCAGUGCUCCUGUGGAGCGUCUCUUCAGUCUGGAGGGUUUGGUACUCACGCCAAGAAGAAAUAGACUGUCUGACCAGAGGUUUGAAAAGCUUCUGUUAAUGAGGUACAAUCAGUGGUUUACCUGCCCCACCCCACAGUUCCUUGCAUAAAUACAACUAAGUGAAGUCAUGAAUACAGA